AUGGCAACCUCCUUAGUGGGGAAGAAGGUCGUGUUUGUCACAGGGAACGCCAAGAAACUGGAGGAGGUCAUUCAGAUUCUAGGAGAUAAGUUUCCAUGCACUUUGGUGGCUCAGAAAAUUGACCUGCCAGAGUACCAAGGAGAGCCUGAUGAAAUCUCCAUCCAGAAGUGUCGGGAGGCAGCUCGCCAGGUACAGGGGCCUGUGCUGGUGGAGGAUACCUGUCUCUGCUUCAAUGCCCUCGGGGGACUUCCUGGUCCCUACAUAAAAUGGUUUCUGGAGAAGUUAAAGCCAGAAGGUCUCCACCAGCUUCUGGCCGGGUUUGACGACAAAUCAGCCUACGCGCUUUGCACAUUUGCACUCGCCACUGGGGAUCCCAGCGAGCCUGUGCGCCUGUUCAGGGGCCGGACCUCUGGCCAGAUCGUGGUGCCCCGAGGAUGCCGGGACUUUGGCUGGGAUCCCUGUUUUCAGCCUGAUGGAUACGAACAGACGUAUGCAGAGAUGCCCAAAGCGGAGAAGAAUGCCAUCUCCCAUCGCUUCCGGGCCCUGCUUGAGUUGCAGGAAUACUUUGGCAGCUUGACUCUCCGUGGGGCCGGAGGAGGCCCCUCAGGCCAGGGAUCUGGGGAAAGCUAG